AAGAGUAUUCCGCUUCCGGAGAAUUUGCACGGGCUUUCCACGGGGAAGGGAAUUCUCGCGCGAGGCUCGCCACCCUGCUUCUGACGUCACGCUUUUCUUACCCUCGGCAGCUGGAGAGAUCCAGGCGAAUGGAGAUUGCUCGAGGGCAGCCCCGUUCCCAAGCACAAGGCUUUCUAGGACGCGCAAAGGAACGUGUGGAAUUCCAGGGCAGAAUUCCAUUCUAGGCGUUUACCAGUCCCACGUACUUUUCACAACCAGCAUGUAAGCUUGGCAGCAGAUCACAGAGGAAGCCAUGUUUUCAUCUUGCCCCUUUCUGGCAACGUCUAAAGAGGCAAGAGAAGAUGUAAUGACCUUGAAUGAAAGCUAAUCAAACAAAGAAAUACUUUGAUCAUUCUAGCCAAAAUGUCAUCUUAUUAUUCUUUGGAAAACAAAGCCAUCUUUUACUAAUUCUUUUUUUGUUUGUUUGUUUGUUUGUUUCAUGCAACCCUUCUGCAAACACUCAAUUUUUAUUCCACAUUAAAAAAAAAAUCCAACGUAGAGGAAAGUGGCUUGUUACCCAUUUUUGGUACUUAGAAUUACAUAACGAUUGGUGAAGAAAUUCAUAAGGAAUCCCCCAAUGGGAGAAAAAUGCUUGAGAUGUCCCAGUCUUGGGGAAAACCUUUUGGGCAAGUCAGAUCAUUCCGAACCUCAGCAAGUCUGCCCCACAGAUAAACUGUAUAAGUGCCUGGAAUGUGGGAAAUGUUUCACUCACAGUAAGAACUUCAGCACCCAUCAAAGGAUCCACACGGGCGAAAAACCUUACAAAUGCCCCGAAUGUGGUAAAAGGUACGGGGCCAGCUCCACUCUGAGUAGACAUCGGAAAAUCCACAUGGAAGAAAAGCCUUACAAAUGUCCAGACUGUGACAAGAGUUUCAGUUACAAAGCAGAUCUCAUCAAGCACCACCGUGUUCACACGGGGGAGAAACCUUACGUGUGUGGCGAAUGUGGGAAAAGUUUUAGUCAAAGCUCCAAUUUUGUUACUCACCAGAGAAGCCACACGGGGGAGAAACCUUAUGAAUGUCCUGACUGUGGGAAAAGUUUUACUGUGAGCUCAAGCCUUAUUGAGCACCAGCGUGUCCACACAGCUGAAAAACCCUUUUUGUGCCUGGAAUGUGGAAAAAGUUUUAAUCGCAGCUCCCACCUCAGUGUGCACCAGAGGAUUCACACAGGGGAAAGGCCUUUUCAGUGCCCCGAUUGUGGGAAGGGCUUCACCAUUCUCUCCACUCUCAGUAAACACCAGAGAAUCCACACAGGAGAGAAACCUUACAAAUGUCCCAAAUGUGAACGGAGUUUUCGGGUGAGCUCCAUCCUGACCCAACAUAUUAGAACCCACACGGGAGAGAAGCCGUAUGUUUGCUCUGAGUGUGGGAGGAGCUUUAGUCAAAAAUCGCCUCUUAUUGCUCACCAGAGACUUCACAGUCGUCAGAAAACCCGGUAGGUGAAGGUGGGUCAAACACUGGACCAGGCUUUGAAUGACCAUACUACAAAAAAGGAAGGCUGGGAGAGUUGACCAGUUUUAUGGGGUGAAAUUGGCAACUUAAGCCAGCGUAGGCCUUAAGGCAGAGGUCUUCAAACUUGGCAGCUUUAAGACUUGUGGACUUCAACUCCCAGAAUUCUCCA